AUGGCUCCCUCCCUCAGCACACACACCUCCUUCGUGCGCCCCCGCACCGGCGACCGCGACCAAAACGACCAACCCCUCGUGAUCCCCAGCCGCACCUCGUCGCUGCACUCGCGCAUCACCCAGCCCAUCCCCUCUACCCUGAACGUCAAGCCGCAGCAGCGCACUCCCAAGACGCUGACACAUGCCUACAUGGUGUGUGGUGUUGGGCGCGAGCCCGCGCAGUGGGUGAAGGCGCCGGCGCCGGCGCAGGGGAAGAUUGGGCAUAUGAAGGGGGCGGUGGGGCAGUUUUGGCUGCCGGAGAUCUUGGGGAGUAGCCCGAGGUUGGAGCAGGAUAAUGAGAAUGCUAGGGCGUUGCAUUCGGCUAUGAGGGCUUGCUUCCCUCAUGAUGUCGAGAUUUGCACUGGACGAAGCCAGCCGCAUUGCGUGCACCACUCUUUCGUCCUCCAGCAGGACUCCUCCCACACCCUCUACGGUAUCGCGCUCCGCGUCUGGUCGAGGGCUGACGAGAAGCGCGCCGAGACCAUCAGGGACCUCCGCAAGAGGACGGAAUCCGACUUUUACGACCCCGCCGACGAGACAUACUGGAUCCCAUACUGCCUGUCCUUCCUCUCCAGAUACCCGCUCUACGACCUGCUCGGCGACUACCUGCGCGGCAUGUGGAUCCACUGGAACAAGGCCACCAACCUCUUCCACGCCGAGGAGGUCUCGCGCAUCCUCAGCUUCCCCGCCCCGCGCCUCAACGACCUCGUCCGCAUCGACAUGAAGGACUACGCCCUCUGCUACCAGUUCCCCUCCUCGCCCACUGGCUUCCAGAACUUCGCCAUGUGGCCCCUCUUCUCCUGCCUCUCCAUCCCAAACAUCGUGGGCGUCAUAGAGGCCGCCCUGUCGCCCACCCGCCGCAUCAUCUUCGUCAGUCACUACGCCGCUAUGCUGACCGUGGCCGCUGAGACGAUCCGCUACUGCGUCCGCGUCUACGAGUGGAGCGGUCUCUACGUCCCGGUUGUGCAUGCUAGACAUGCCACCGAGCUCGUGCAGGAGCCGGGCCCAUAUAUCCUCGGUAUCACCGCUGAGUGCAGGACUCUCUUCACUGCGCCAACCGACGCCCUUGUCGUCGACUUGGACCGCAACUUUGUCCUUACUUCCAGCUCACCUUCCGCUCUCAAUGCUGGCCAGCGCACCAAGAUGGUUAACCGCAUGACCCAGGCUCUUAACGGCGACAUCACCCCAUCUGGCGUUCCUCAGCACCUCAGAUCCGCGUACGGAGGCGGCAAGCUCGUCCCAGCUGGCCAGAUCAUCGUCAUGCGCGGUGAGGUCGAGUCGAUCCAGAGUCCAGAGUGGUGGAACCAGGAUUCCAUCAUGGCGGUCAUGGACCACGUCUGCGAGAAGAUGGGCAGGAAUACCGGCAUCAAGGCCGUCUUCGGCGGAGCCGUCAAGAAGCCUCUGAUGACCAAGGUGUCGAUGCGCCACCUCAACGAGAUCGUCAGGGAGCGCAACCAGUACUCCCGCGACGCGCUCGAGGCAUGGCAAGAUUUCAUCAACCUCAAGGGCAGAAUGGACACCGAGCUCGGCAAGGUCACCAAACGGAACAACUUCCUCGUCGAGGAGCUCGAGAGCUGGAAACAGCAAUUCCUCAAAUUCCAGGCCUUCGCUGAACAGCUCACCAAGGAGACCACGGACCUCAAAGCCAAGAUCGAGUCGCACAAGCGCGAAGCCCGCCGCCUCACCACCCUCAUCGAGCAGCAGAAGGACGACAGCGCGCGCCUCACCGUCCGCCUCUCCGGCACCGAGAAGCAGCGAGACGACGCCCUCGAGGCGCUGGUCCUGCAGCAGGAGAUCGCCGAGGAGCUCGAGCGCGAGCGUAAGCGUAAUAAGAAAGAGCUGUCCCAGCUGCAGCACACUAACACUACUAUCCUCCGCCAGCGCGACGAGGCGCAGCGUGUUGUUCUUCAUCUCCGCUCGCUUAUCAGCGGACAGACUCACCAUAUGGAGCAUAUUGUCCGUACUCUCGGCAAGGACGAGCUGGCUGAGUACAUCGAGAACGGCUACGACGACGAGGACCUCGAGGACAUUGCCGAGGAAGCGCCCCGUGACGCCACCACCACCACCGGCGAAUCCUCCGCCGACGCCCCCGACUCCCGCGCCUCCUCCCGCGCCCUCUCCCGCGGCGCCGACGUGUCCCCGGAGAUGGAAACGCGCCUUUACAACUCCCCCUCCGCCAGCGCGCGCAACUCCAAGCGCCUGAGCAACAUGUCCAUCAUCGACGUCGCGGACCGCCAUCUCCGCGACAAGACCGACGCCAUCGCGCACAUCAUCCGCAACAUCAGCGAGCAGUGCGCCGCGGCCGUUGAGGGGCUGCAGCUUGCUCAUGAUGCUGGUGCGGAGGCUGAGGCGAUUGCGAGACAGCAGAGACGACUUGCCGCGCAGAGUAGGCAUUCUACGGCUAGUGUGGCGAGUGUUAGGAGUGCGGCGAGUGCGGCGAGUGUGGCGAGUGAGGAUGGGGAGGGGGGGAGUGAUGUGGAUGAGUCGUCCCUUUUGCAUCCGGGGCGCGCGUCGAGCAUCCCGCCGACGCCGGAUUUGAUACAUAACCGCUCCAGCACGGCUAUGUCGAUCGCCUCCGUCACCACGACCCCGGAGCGCGGAUCAGCGCAGUACUCCGACCUGCCCACCAAAAUCGCGGAGGACUCGGAUGAGAGCGAGGAAUCAUCCACCUCAACGCCGCAGCAGACGGAGGGGAUGCCGACAAAGGGGCGGCAUGAGUCUCUCCUCCACCGACCGAGUGGAGCGAGGAUUAGUGCGCUGGGUGGACAUUGACUCGUUGGGUUUAAACCGCAGAGGCCGGAUAGUGGGGGGAGACCUGAUAGCCCUAUCUUUGGACGGGGUGGUGGGGGGGUAGUGAGGCGGGUGUUAGAGACGGCGGG